CGCCUCUUCUCUUCCGCUUCCGGUGUUCCCCACAGCCAUGGCUGCCGCCGCCGCCGCUGCGGGCCCUGGGGCGCCGCUGUCCCCGGACGAAUUGCUUCCGAAAGGCGAUGCCGAGAAGCCUGAGGAGGAGCUGGAGGAGGAAGACGACGAGGAGUUAGAUGAGACUCUGUCGGAGAGACUGUGGGGUCUGACGGAGAUGUUCCCCGAGAGAGUCCGGUCCGCGGCUGGAGCCACUUUUGAUCUCUCCCUCUUCGUGGCUCAAAAAAUGUACAGGAGUACAGUGCAAGAGUUGGGUAGAACGCGCCUACCAAGAACAUCGGAAUGUGCAGGGUUUUCCAGGGCAGCCUUGUGGAUUGGAACCACUUCCUUCAUGAUCCUGGUUCUUCCGGUCGUCUUUGAGACUGAGAAGUUGCAGAUGGAGCAGCAGCAGCAGCUGCAGCAGCGGCAGAUACUUCUAGGGCCUAAUACAGGGCUGUCAGGAGGAAUGCCCGGGGCUCUACCUUCACUUCCUGGAAAGAUCUAGAUUGUUACUGCUAUGUUUGGCCUGUCUUGGUGGGAGAAGUUUGAAAAUUCAAUAGUGUUUGAACUGCUGAUUAUUGGAUUUUUUUAAAUUUUUUUUUUUUUUGAACUUUGGCACAUUGAUUUAUCUAAACCUGGUGGGGAGAAUUCUCCCCACAUUGUCUCAUGGAGAGACUCCUCACUUGCAACUGUGCCCUCCAUGCUCUCCUGACUUAUGUCUUCUGUCCUCACUCUGAUACGAGUGCAGCAAUGCAGAUGGUUACUCCAGCUCCGGCCAUCCCACCCCUUUCACUAAAUUACUUCUGACGGAAGAUCUCCUCACUAUCCCAUUGUGGGGUAGGAACUGAUGCCAUCGGGAAGGAUGUGCCCCUGACCAUUAACGACUGUUCGGUUUUUAAGAAUGGGGAUGUUGGGGAGGGACGUGCACACGAGAUAGAAUGCAUUACAGCUGUGCUCUGAAUUUCUGUGUAUGUUGGAAAGGAUGGAGAGAGGGCUGGCAACAGCUUCAGCCACAACGUGGGGACUGUGGAGGACAGAGCAGGAGCUCAUUUCCUCUGCAUAUUUCAGCUGUUAGACGUGUGUGUGUCUAAAAGAGAAAAAAAAGUCAGUGCUCACUUUUUCUAUUUAAAUAUUAAAAAAUGAUUCCAACCAAAAA